AUGGCAGGUGAGAGAGCCUACGCAGCUGGCAGCAUCGACCAAGUCGUGCGCGAAUUCCUUGAGAAUACAAAACUCCGCUUUGGCGAGUCGUCCAGCCAGGUGAACACAAUCAACACAGCCCUUAGUGACUUCUGGAGCCUGAAAUUAUCCAAGAAAGACGCAAUAUCAGUCAUCAUCCUGGCAUUGGGGGAACAAGAUGAUCUGAGACGGGAUUUGAUGGAUGUGUUGUAUCACAAAGAUGCACGAUGGGGUGUCGGGGACUUCGAUUUUGGACAGACCCCAAGCCAAGCCAUUCCACAGUUCCUUCAGCCCAUACAUCAGCCUCAAUUGCGUUUACCUCCAAUCAGCCCUUCAUGGAGCAUGGAUUAUCUGUCCACACAGACUGUCAAUCCGGCAACAUUGAACGAUUACUGCGCACCACACAGGUUUGGACAACAACAUCGUCUCGAUUCCCAUCAUACACAGUAUGUCAAGCAUCCAUGGCCACCAUACUCUCAGUCUCCUUCGUCACCAAUGUCACAGGAUUCCAUCUAUUCUCCAUUCUCCAAUCACCUGUCGCUACCCGCUCCAGAUCUUGUGAGCAGGCCUAGACCUCACGAGCGUCUAUUCGCUGAACCUAUCGAUCAGGUUUCUCGGCAUAACGUCAGUACCGCCACUGGACCAACCGACAUGCCGCAUCACAACGGUUCAUACUCUACACCUGAUAACGAGUCCACUACAGAGUUUCACGAUCCGCAUAUUGAAUUCGGCUAUAAAUUCGAAAUGAUGGACGAUACAGCUUCUGUUAGUCAAUUUUGUCAGUUGAUACAGCCUGUUCAUGAAAGCAGGCCAUUGCGCGCUCUCGCUCCAAAGUUCGCGCCUGGUAGUCCCACCCUCCUCGAGACCUCAGAUGCGAUGUCUACCUACCCAGAAGUCGUACCCAUGCCACUACCGUCAAAGAAUUGCGGUCAUAUAGCAUCAAUGAUGAAUACGAGUGUAGACGGAUAUCAGUCCUAUAGCAGAGCGAGUCUACCUGAAGUUAGAAACUCUCCCGGCGAAACCAAAGAGCAACCAAGGAAAAAGAUUGACACCAAAGUAUCAAGAGAACGUGCAGAAGAGUCAUGUCGAUUCGUACACAGCCUUUGUGGGAAAGCCUUUUCAAGCAGACAUGGGGUCAAGAAGCAUCACUGGGGCGCUAAGAAUGGCGAUAUACAUACAACUACCGGCUGCUGGGUCAAACAUAAGAAGCCGAACGUAACUUGGGAUGCGCAUCCUAGCUGUAGAGCGCAGCCAGCAGUGUCAAAUUACCCCAGAAAAGCUGGGCCCAUGGCAGACAAGCAAGAAUCGGAGCACACGACUGUUCCAGUUCUUGCGGGACCUGCCAUUCAUGAUGGUAUCCCUGGCUUUCCUACGCUUGAAGGCCUUCCGCAGACCGUUGCCGAAGCUGUUACUCCAAACAUGGCGACUCAGUCCAUAUCGGAGGAUAUCGGCUAUUUGCUCAACCAGAAUCGCCCUCAAGUUGACUUCAGGACUUGUAUUACAGGUGCCACCGCCACGUCGAAUAUAGGUAUGCCAACACUGGAAGGUUACCAGCACGGCCAUCUAGGAUCGUGUCUAGAUGCGCACGACGCCCCUGCACCGCGCCGUGGCCAUGAUACUUCUCUCUGGCUGAAUGGCGUCAACGAGUACCACCAAGACCAAAUGCUGGAUGAUGAGCAGGCUGAUGUCGAUGCGAUGGCCAUGAGUUACCCCUCCUCAUUGUCUCCAUUCAACGCGUCCCCACGAGAUGUGACUGGUGGUAGCCAAAGAGCCUCAUUUCCGCCGGACUCAUCUUAG